GGCCGUGCAUGCCGCGGUGCAACGCGCCCGAAUGCACGAAGAUUUUCGCUCCGCACCACAGUAGGUUUCUGAAGUCUCUGGGAUGCCGAGCCGCCGCUGCGUUCGUAGAUCUGCAGCCUCUUUCUCUCUAUCUGUUCUUCCAAUUCAAUUGCUAAAUUUUGGUAAGCGGAUAAAUUUCGAAACACAGUCGCGACUUGGUCAUGAGGUCAGAUAAGUGUGCUUACGUACAUAUUAAUACGUAAUCGAGGAAUGUUAAGAACGCGGACGACUUGUGUGAGUUAUGACUGUGAAAUAUAUGCGAUGGCACGCGUGGAUUAUCAAGUCAAACACUGCCGCCGUAAUUUGCUACAUUAUGUAUUCAACAGCGUAGAGACAGGCCGCGCGGUAUUAUUAAUGGAAAACAUAAAGUAUGUUUCCGUGUAAAGUUCAUCGAUCCAGCUCAUACCUAUAUUGUACAUUAUGUUUAUGAAUAAGCAAAAAAAUUCCCACGGGGAAUCUGUAAAUUAAAGUUCUGACCGACGGAAAAGUUUAUCAAGAUCAAAAGGUCGGAUCUGGCCGCGCGCGCGAACGAGGUAACUACCUGUGCGAUGAUUAAUGUCUGGCACAGUUGGCUGACUGAAAAUAAACGAUGUGACUGAAAACGUAACGUGAAAUAAUACGUCGUGGUCAUUAUAUACAUGAGAUAGAAAUAAGAUCACCGUACGCAGAUAUAUGUAUAUAUAUUUUAACAUAAAUGUGUUCCGCGUGAAAUUGAGUUCAAGGUCUACACGCUCGAGUAAAGAACCCAGCGGAGCGUUAGAUCCUUCCGAAAUACUGAAGGAAACUGAAGGAAACUGAAGGAAACUCGACGCGGGAUGAAUCGACUCAACAAGUGCCCGCCGUCGGGACGUCGUUGUCUAGUUGAGGAAAAUCUCUCGGCGAGCUGAUAUACACACACGUUGAAGCGUGCAAAGCCGCGCUUCCCUUUCGCAUGUUGCGUGAAAUAUGUACGAUUGUGUGAUCGACCGAGAGAUCGCUGGACGCGAUCGUAGAGCAGCUAACAGCGAUUAUAGCGCGGCUCAUCUUGACCUUAGCCGAUGGACGUGCCCCUUUUCCCGCGGCCACCGGCCAUCGGGGGAGUCGCGACACCCCUCAGUGACGUGCCGAGCGUCGGGACGCUGCCACGCGUUCCGGCAUCCGUGCCGCGUGUACGCGGACGAUAUGCCGUGCCCCUGCAAUCCCCCACGGGCACCAGGAAGCGGCGUCGCAUCUGCAGGAACUUGGUCUACCCGCGGGUUAAAACCGCGGCCCUCGUCAAGGAUGCCGCACGCCGUCGCAUCACACAGUUUUGCAUGAGGAUGACGGAGCAUCGCGCGAAGGAGGAUGAGGGAGACGACGACGACGACGUCGUUUGCGGCAUCGAUAUUACGGACACGCCGACCACGGUAUCUUCGGAGAUUUCGCCUCGCUUGAAAAACGGCAUAAUACGGACGAAAUGGACGAAGUCCGUAACUGUCCAAACCAUAGAGGGAUUACCGCUGCGGUUGAGGAUUCUACCAUCUCUCAGAGACAUCGAGGAAGAUAACGGAAAUUCCUCGGAGAAGUCCUCGAGAUUUUGGAAAUAUCUGAGAUUCUUAGGACGAUUGACGUUAUCGCAAUUUGGUCUUCUGUGGCUGCUCGUGACAUGGACGGUGGCAGGUGCGGUGGCAUUCUGCGCCACGGAAGGACCUCGCGAGCGCGAGCAGGUCGUGUCGCUAAAGAGUAUGCAGAAGGAUUUAGCGGUCGGCUUGGCGACGGAGUUGCGGCAAUUGCGGACGGAGCAGGAUCAGGACGUGGAGCCGUUAUGGAGCGACAAGGUCCGCCAGUAUGUCGCCAAACACGAGGAACUCCUUUUGGUCGCCGUCGGUUCCGGCUACGGUGAAGGUGGUAGUAGCGGACAGCUGUGGACAUUUCCCGGUUGUGUGCUGUUCGCCAUAUCGCUAAUUACCACUUUAGGUUUCGGAGCGCCGGUCCCGCGAACCACCGCUGGUCGCACGGUAGGAGUGAUUUUCGCCGCUAUCGGUAUUCCCGCGCAUUUCCUUCUUAUACUGAAUUUCGGUCUCAUGGUGGCUUUUCGCCUACAAAAGUAUGCGCUUGCCAGACAAAGCGUGCAACUCAACAAUGCAAAAUCCAGCUAUUCUAGACGGAUGCCGAGGUGGAUCAAAAUACUGUCGUUCGUUGUUUCAGUCGCUUACUACGUUCUGGGGGUGCUGUGCUUCGGCAUAGCGCGAUCGAGACCGAUCGCGGCGAGCGUGCUGUUUCCGUUGGACUUCACGGCGGCGGGCGGUCUUUCUACCAUCGCCGGUCACGUACGGAUAUUGUACGGUCUGUAUUUGGAAGGCGCUGUCACUAUCGCGGCAAUAGUGGUAGCUAUAUUACGAGUAUCAGCAACGCAAAGUCUUACAAACAUUGGACUGAAGUAUGGCCUACUGACCGAAUCUUAAUGCGUUCAACUUUCGUACAAUAAUAUUUUUCAUCUUCUCGUCACAUCCGUUACUAUUGUGUCACAAUUCGUCAAUAUUGCGUUUAUCAUGUUAUUCAUGCCAUUUGUAAGCGAAGUUGACGAACAGCUACAACUUAUCCUUGACUUUUGGAUUAUCUAUAAUUACACAAUUACAAAAAAAAAAAAAAAAAACAAAUAAACAGUCAUGCAGAUAUGUGUUGUAGAUAAAUUUUUUAUUUCGUAAUAAAACGCGCAAUAGUUACAUUAUAGUCAAAUUAGAUGAGCUAUAUAUCUACAUGUAGCCACAUCUUUGUACAAUUUACAUCCAACAUUUGCAUUUUUAUAAUGCAGACGAAAAAAAAAUAAAGAUCAAAGGAUGAAGGAACGUAGAAUAGCAUUUCUAGGUACAUACUAUGUAAAGAGAUACGUGUGCCGAGAAUUUAUUUUACAAAUAUACAUCGUCUCGAUCAAGAUAAACAACAGACAGAUAUAUUUAUCUUCAUGUACACUUUAUUUAAAUAAGAUGUAAUAAAGACAAACUUGUAAGCUA